AUGGAGGAUCACUUUCGGGUUGAAACAAUUGUGAAGUUCACAUGGACCAUAAAAAAUUUCUACGAGUUAGUAGAAUGCAGGGGGCUCCACUCCGAAACCUUCUUCACUGGGUCCUAUGCAUGGCGGAUUAUGAUAACCCCAAAAGCUGCCAACACCGGAAAAGGCUUGUCAAUUUAUUUGGAUGCUGUGUACAUUGCUAAUGCCAAAACCAGAUAUGCUGGCUUCAAGUUGUCUCUAAUUAAUGAAUUCUGUCGCAAAAAGACCAAAACUAGGACAAAGAACAAGCACUUGUUCAGCUCAGAGAAUGUUAAAUUUGGUUACAAAUCGUUUAUAUCUUCAGAUGAAUUUCUAAGUCCUAACAAUGGGUUUCUUGUGGAUAACACAUGCACCAUUGUUGCUGAGGUUUUUGGAUAUGAUGAUCAAAAUACAGAUACUAAUGAUGAUAACUACCAACAUGAUGAAAAUACAGAUACUAAUGAUGAUGAAUCUCCUAAGGAUAAUGUGUUAGUGGAUUUCAAGGGUCUAUGCAGAAUAGAAAAAGAGUUUGUUCAAUUGUUGGAAAAAGUAUGUUCAAGGCGUCCAAAUCUUGUUGAAAGCCAUAAAAAGAGGAACAUGAGUCAAAAGUUCAAUGAAUGGUCAUUCACAACAUUAGGGAAAGUGUUGCAAUUUCUUAAGACUAAGAAAGUGAAGGACAUGAUGAACGAUGAUGCUUGUAAAGAGCUUCAAGAUUUGUGGGAGGAACUUGAGAUAGUUAAGUUUGAUGAUUUGAGUUGGUUGAAAAGGAACAUGUUGAAUCUGCAUUGGGUACCAAAAAUUAUAUGGAGAAGAGAGGAAUGA